AUGUCUUCCCUGCCAAACACUGACGAGUUCUCCGACAUCUCAUCCCUCUACGGCCCAGGCAACAUCGGAUCCUGGUACUGCCUCCUAGGCUCCGUUACCAUCACCUGGCUCUACAACCACAACCAACACGGCAAAGACACCUUAACCAACGAUCUAAUCGCAGCCCUUGCCUUCCCAGCCGUGGCAUCAGGCCACGCGUUGCACCUCAUCCUCUCCACACCGCGCUACCGAUGGGAACAAUACGGCUGCUCUGACGAGUCACAUCAAAUUCGCAUCUGGCUCGCGUGUCCCCACGACUUUGACACCGCGAGCAUCAACCGGUACUACCGGGCGGUAGAAGCACCCCUGGCUGUGUGUAACCAGUUUGUUCAGCUGGGAAUCAUUCUCUUGUUCGCAGCUGCUGGGACACGUCGGCCUUGGAGCGCUUCUUGGAUCUUUUGCGUAUGGUUGCUGACCAUGUGGACGAAGUCGGUCAUGUUACUGAAGGGGGGUGUUCAGCUAUUUUUCUACUACGUUCUGAUGUCAACAGCGUUUGCAUGCUCGUCACAUUGGCUGCAUUUCGUCGGCAAGUUUGCGUGGCGAAUGAGGAGGGAUGGUUCGUCAAGUCGCAUCAUCCCAGCGCAUCGACUGGAUAUGUCUCGACUUUUAGACGCUGGCAAGAUUGGCGGUUUCCUGAUUUACCUUUCAGUAAAUUCUUGA